AUGAAACACAGAAGAUUGCGCAAAGAGCCGCUGCCUGGAGGUCGCCAGGGCGCGUCUGGAGCUGGCGCUGGACGCGACAGCAUGCGAACCGCCAGACGAGCGCGAGGUGCUGCACGACCACCCAGCAGCCCCUUGCAUCCAUCAUUCCCACCAGCUUGCUUGGUGUCGGCUGGGUCUUCUCAGGCCCAGCAAUCAGCAACCGCCACUGGUGGAGUACACCGCAUGCGAUGGACCAUCAAUAUGAAUAUAAACGCAUUGCGGGCGUAUUUUAGAGCGAAAGGGGGAGAAGUUGGAGGUUUCGCAUAUCGGGCUAGGAUGAAUCGUCUUUUUACUGAGCUGGAGCCAUCUAUUACCGUCACCGAGCAAAACCUGGCAGACCGAGUUCGGUAUAUAUUACGAUCAAAUAUAUUUGAUGGCGCUGAACUUGAACGGCUACGACGUGAGGUUGUUCCCUCAUCAAAUGAAAAUGCUACAAGUGAGGAUGCGGUGCCACAAGUUGCAGAACAACCCGCACACGUAGAUGCCGCCGUGAAUACCCCAGUGGUUGCUGAUACAAAUGAUGAUGGAACAUUCACCCGGGAACUAGAAAUAGAGCAAAUGAGGAGUACAUUGGAAGAGGCGAUUGUGGAAACGCGCAGUAUGCCUCUCGAAAAUCGACCGCAACUUCCCCGCAUAGCCCUAAGCAAGCGGAAUCGGACUGUCGUGAGGGCACUGAACACAAUGCUGGUGACCUAUUUGGAAGCCAGCCGGGACCUUUGCGAGACGGACUCAAUUCUUUUUGGCGCCGCACCGGGAGUCUGCCGUACUAUAGGCGCCAAGGUGUCCCAGCACGGAGAAGAAGAAUUGAGGAACGUAUCGCAAAGGCUAGAGCUCUCAUCUGCAGACUGA